GCCGUCCUGUCUGCGCAGGCGCACUGGGCGGCCGGGCGGCAUGGGCGCCGCGGUGGUUCGGCUGCUGCGCGACUUCAACCUGGAGGCGCGGGUGCAGCGCGAGAUCAGCAGGGCCAAGCCGCGGGCCGCGCCCAGGCACCCCUCCGCCGGCGCUCUCGCGAGAGAACACGAGGGCCAGCCGCCCGAGAGCCCGCGCCGCGCUGACAGGGAUGAGCAGCUGCUGCGGAUGCUGCGGGGCCUGCACGUGCGCGCCACAGACGGACACACGGACACGCUCGGGGUAACUGCCCCCGUGGCGCCUCGCCCGCCCAAGGAGCUGAGGCCGCGCAGAGAGCCUGGCGCAGAUGCGGCGGCCGCCACGUGCAUCCCGAAAGGCAGGAUCUCCCUGGUGGAGGCGCUGACGCUGCUGGACAACCACAAGCGCCAGCCUGAGACGUGGACGGCCGAGAGGAUCGCGCGGGAGUACCAGCUGGACCCCAGGGACGUCAGCGCCCUCCUCAGAUACUUCCUCACUUUUGAGAUCAAGGUCUUCCCUCCCCAGGACAGGAGGGCAGUGCAGCCAAAAUGAAGCCGCCUCCCCACGUGUGUCCUCCCUUCACCGUGAACGAAUGGAAAGGGUCACUUGGGAGGGCGACAGCCAUUCAGACUCAGUGAGUGCUGCUGGCCGGGCACGUUCCAGGUGUGAGCGCCCAGCCCCCGCCUGCGGGGACACUUCAUGUACAGUGAGGUGGUGGUGCUGCAGGUGACUCCCUCGGCUCCUAUCAGAAAAUAAAAUAAUUUAAAAAUACAACAA